AUGUCUCAACAAAAGGAAAAACAAAGAGGAUCAGCUUCUCAAACGACUACGACGACUGCCCCACCCAUUUUGAAACUACGAGCACAAGAAAGACAAGCUCGUGACGUUUCGUGGGAUGAAGGCGUAAUUGAUAAUGAGCAUCUAAAUAGGAAGAAAACCAAAAUAUGCUGCAUAUUUCAUCCAUCGGCUGGGAACUGCGAUGAAGAAGAUAGCUCAAGUUCCAGUGACUCGUCUAGCGAUUCUUCAGAUAACGAUGAGAAUGAUAAAAACAAUAGAAUACCUCGAACAUCCGAUAGUAACAAAAAAAAGUCAAAGCCCAAUGCUUAUGAAGUUCAGCCUCAUUACAAGAACCAAUCCAAGCUACCUGGAAAAUGA